UAGUUCAGCUGGACUGAAAAUUCUCCAUGCGAUCAGCCAAUGCAUUUUGUUCUUUUAGGGCAGUGAUUGUCAUCUUGGAAUUGUUAUUGAUGGCUUGGACAGUAUGUUUACGAGAAACAUGCAAAGCACUGCGUGUUGUAUCUUACGUGCCUUAAAUAACAGAAAAUAUAUCUUCUUCGCUACCUUAACUCUGGAGCAUGCAAAACUGAAGGCAAUGGAUGAGAGAAAGAAGGAGGAAAUGCGUAAGGACAUUAAUGUUUUUAUUAAGGCUCCAGUUACACGAUACCGGAUUCGCACCGGAGCGGCAUCAAAUAUACAGUUUCAUGGGGAGUUUAGCACUAAAAAUUAUGAUGAUAUAACAGAAUUAGUAAAAAAACGUCGAAUAUGAAAAGUUGUAAGAAGCCGAAAAGCGUCUUAGUUGAUUUCGCUCGACUCGCUCCGAUGUGAAUCCGGUAUCGUGUAACUGGGGCCUAAGACUAGCUGCAUGCGGUAACGUUUUCGAGCGUUUUCAGCUGUAACGUUUUCAAAAAGUGUCGUUUUCAAGCCGUCUCCACACGAAAAGGGAUGAAAACGACGUCUUGUGAUGUGACGAAAACGUUUUCAAUGCUAAAAAGACGUUUUCGGACAAAAAUUCCAAGAUGGAGGCUUAAAACUAAAAUUAAAAUUAAAAUGUUAUGUUUUUGUUUCCUGGAAGUUUAAAUCUUUCAUUGGUAUCAUUAAUUAUUAAGUUAAAAACUUUAGCAAAAAAUAAAACAAAAUGUAUAGCCUUUCCAGUGUAUAAUGAUUUAUGAAAGAUUUAAAAUAUGUUUUAAUGUCAAUAACAGUUGAGCAAUUGCGAUUGUUGCUGUAACUCGUAAAAGGGUCAAGAUGGCGCCAUGUGGAUAAAAGGUUGGCCAUAUUGCACUUGCCAUAAUGGUCGCCUUUGUCUUCGAGUAAAAAUAUAUUGUUGAUUGUCACGUCUUCGUUUCACUAAUGUCAUGUGGGUGUGACUCAAGUUAGUUUUUCUUCCUUGCAGUGCAAAAGGAACGCGAGAAAGAAGAGGCGGAAAAGAAAUGGUUGGAAGAAAUGUCUGAAGAUGAAUACGAUGCUUUGAGUGAACAAGAAAAAAGUGACGUGGAUAGAAAACGAUUGAAUCAAAAGAAAGAAAAGAUGAAAAGAGAGGUGGAAGAGAAGUUAGAGAGAGAAAGGAAAGAGAGGGAACAGCUUGCAUUGUUAGAAGAGAAACGAUUGGAGGAGGAACGGUAAGAAUAAACGCAAGUCUUCAUUUCAGGCCUGCAGAAAUUUCUUUUUGGGAUUGCUUUUUUGACUUUGUAAUUCUCACUACGAGAUGUUUAAAAAAAACAAAAAACUAGACAGUUCUAAAAUUUCCACUAAACUGAAAAUUCGGAAAAUUUGUGGCAACUUUAUGUUAGUAUGGGUAGCUUAGGGUCUUCUGGUAUCUCUAUCACCAAAUUAUUGUGAAAAGUACAUUGUCGAGUGCAGCAGGGCUGUUUCCAAAACCGCUUUUAAAAUGGCUGGCGCACAAAAAUGGGAGAUUUAAAACGCAAAUUUGGAAGGUAUUUCAAAUUACCAACGUGCGGACCUAUAAAACUUGGAUAUUUUACCAUAGCUAGUCUUUCACCAUUUACCACACGCAUUUCUUACAUUCUGUUUACAAAAAGUUUUAAAAUUAUGCGUUAAAGACUAGUAUCACAAGAAGUCCAAGUUGUAGAGGCCGCGCGUUCUGGACUUAAUAUACAUAAAAUUGUCUGGUACUUUGAUGGUUCAUAAAACACCUUUCAAAUUUGCACCCUGUGAAUUGCGUUUCAAGCAUACCAUUUUUGUGUGCAAACCAUUUUUAAAACCAGCCCUGCUGAACUCGAAAUUCUUUUCAGAAUACUUUGGUGAUAGACAUAUCAGAAGACCCCACUACCAAUACUAACAUAAUAUUGCCACAAUUGUUGCGGGAUGCUCAAUUUAUUGGACAUUUUAGAACUGUGUACUUUUUUGAUACACCCUGUAUAAUGGAUCAAAGAAAUAGCGAAACUUGGAUCAAAUCUGGAGAGUGUGAAGAGUCUUCUUCUACUGACCAUUGUGUAGCGACUCAUAAUAUAUAUUGUCUCUCAGGGACAAGAAAGGCCGUAGGAAAACAGUUCAGCAAUCAUCGCAAAUGCGUAAAGGUGCACCUGAAUCUAAAGACGGUGAGAAGAAAAGAGAGAAGACUUCGGAGAAGAUGUCUGGUACUCGCAGUGUCGCUCAAUUUCACGAACACUCUGGUGUACGAGGUGCUACUGCGCCAUCUGUUAUUUCGGAGAGAUCUGAUAGUGAUAUACCAGGUAUUGAUUACCGUAUAUUAGUUUAAUAAUUUUUUAAGGAUGUUUCUGAGGGAGGAGGGCAGGGAAUCAAAAUGACCGGGCGCCGAGUCGCCAAAUGAGACCCAGACAUUUGUAACUUUCUUGGCUACUGAGAAAAAACUUGAAAUGAUAAAGUAAUUGUAAAGCCUCAAAAUAUCGCAGUAUCUCGAGUAUUUCAUUCUGCUUUUGCAUAUAAUUUUUUAACAUAUUAAGCAGCUGUUUUUUAUUGUUAUUUAUACCGUAAUACAAAGAGAAUACUUCACACACACUGACGUAGGGCGACCUGAUAUUAAAUUUGGCCACCAUACCUCAUUCACUGGUAGCGAUUGGGCGACUAAAAAUUUUAAAAUGCAACCCUUGGAAGAGGGUUAUCCGAGAGAGGGCUUAAUAGCAACCUUAACCAUGUAGGACGGCAACGACAACCAAACUCGUUGAAAUUUCCUUGUUAAAAUGCCAGCAUGACCAGCUUUGAACAAAGCUCCUUGUCAAAGACAAAUUGUGAAAUGGAGAAAAUUUAAAAUAACGAGGAAGUUAACCAUAAAUAUUAAGUUAACCCAAAUAGUGUUACUUCUAGGUCGACCAGGAAAAUAUUAACCGGUGUAUUAUUAAGGCCCGUUUACAAUUGCACUUUUUGCUGCGAUUCCCUUCUCCUGAUAUAUGUGAACGAGUGGAUAAGUUACAAAUGUUUAGAUGAGGGUACAUAUACUCCGUACAUUCGUAACUCAUCUACUCGUUCACAUCCAUCAGAAGAAGGAAAUCGCACUUGAAAUCGCAGCAAAGGUUGCAAGUGUAAACGGGACUUUAGCGUACAACCACUUACAACCUCGCACGCCCAUUUCUGCAUAUCUUGUCUAUACUUGGCGUAUGUUAGGUGUGAGGUAUCCACGCAGGAUUGUGGUUACCUUGUAAUAGUUAGUGACAUAGUCUGCUGGGUUUCCGAAUGUCAGUGUACUAUAUUUUAUGUACUUUUUACAAGAUGAGUUGUCGUGUUGAGAAAAUUGAACCUAAAAUUGAACUUCUAAAUUUCUGAGUGUUCACCCAACACCAAAAUUGGUGUAAAUCUUUGCCUCCAUCCGUACACUAAAAAGGUGUAAAAAACACUUAAAAUGGUGUUAAUUUUACCUUAAUUUGGUGUAAAUAGCACCGGGAAAAUUGUUUUUAUACACCAAGAAGUGUUUUUUUACCCAAAGUUGGUGUAAAUUGCUUGCCUCCAUUCGUACACCAAACUGGUGUAAAUUGACUAACCAACUCGGCCAUGAUUUCUUUGAUGUUUUCGUCAUAAAUUAUUAAUGAGUUUCACAAGAAAUAAUAGACUAAUAUGUUGUAUGUGUUUGCAGCUGAAGAACGUAAAAGGCCAAGUGUAAUAAAGAUGUCGAAACAACGGCAAGCUUCAGCUCUUGCCGCUCAGGUACCUCCCAUGAUUGCCGUUGAUGAUAAACUUUCUGAAGAAGACGAUAAAGAAAGAGAAUUAAUUAAAAAGUAAGGACAUAUUGUUGUUAUACAAUUGUGUUUUGUAUAGUGUAUGGUUUGUAUCAUAUGCCCGUUGCAGACGGCGAAUUCGUAUUAGAAGCGACGCUCGAGUGAUAUAUAGCCUACAAGAACGACAGUGUUUCAACAUAGUUAAUAUAUAUGACAUGGUUUGGAAACCCUUUGUUUUAGGUGAUUGUGUACCUUUUGCAUGGUCACGGUAGAAAAAUCCUUUGUCUUUCUAUUGUUUGACAAUAGUCAGUUCAGAAAGCUUGGCAAAGGGAAUGGGUACCAAGUAUUUGUUUUUCCUACCAGGGCUAUAUCUUACGGCAUAUUUUGCAAAUAACGAAGUAUUACCACCGUUUUUCGAUGGAGAAUGUUUGUGUUACAUCGUUUGGUCAAUUCUCAUUGAUUAAAACCAACAUGUGCAGGAUCAAACUGACUGUUCAACCUCCAUGUUUGUUUAUAGCGUAAUUUCUUUGAGGUUUGCCGGGUUUCCUAACCAGGUCUUAUAACAACCAUGGUUUCAAACGGCGUACAAAAUAUAUUGUUAUUGACAAAUAGAUUUUUAAAUUACAAGAUAGUUCAAUACGAAUUUCAAAAAACAAAUAUAACAAAGCGAGAAUAGACUUGCACCAGCUUUUCUUCUCUUUAGAUUUCAAAAGUUCGAGACUUCUCUCCGCGACGUAUCUUCCUUGCUGGAGAAUUGGGAUAGAUCCACUGGAAAUGUAGUCCGAGUUGAAACUCCCAAGUCUGAAACCGAACCAGAAAUAACACAAACUGGAUCAAAUAAGAAGAUGCGAGACAAGAAAGGCGAGAAGGAAAGAGAAAAGGAAAAAGAAAAAGCGUUAAAGGAGGUUGGUUAUGGCUUUUUAUACCACAGACAAUCGAGAGGAAUGGACUGGAAACAUCAUUGUUUCGCGCAUUACUGACUGAAAACUUUGCGGGCAGUACCAUGGAUGCAAUAGGCUCUUUGCAGUUAACUAAAAAUAGUUGAAUGUAGAACAAUAAGUGACUGCAGAGCAAGGGGAGCUGUGGGCUUUGUAGACAAAGGAGUAAGAUAAAGCACAGUAUUUUUCUCACCCUCUAUAGUUAUUGUCAUGCACAGUGUUUUUAGGCCAGCUGCAAAUGGCCUAUUAUACCAACGUCAACGUGCUCAUCAACAACAUAAUUUUUACUCCAAGACGAAGACGACUCUAAAUUGUAUUCACUUGAGCAUUCUUGUACGCCAUAUUUGUUCAAACUCCUACGUCAUUUGCAUACUUUUCACGGCUCAUAACCUUGGAUUAAUUCUUAAUCUUACUAACUAUGGUCUUUGUGAUAUAAGGAGUUGGGUUCGCCUUAUAAAAUUACUCCUAAGUGACUUAGUAAUGAUCCAAAAUUGUUUAAAAUGUUUUAUUUAAUUCGAAAUUUGAAGUAGGGUCCUAUUGAUGAUAACUGGCUGCCCAGAUAAAAAAAAAUUGCGUAAUCCAAGAUGGCGGGCAGUUCGCUACUUUUAGUCCAAAAAUUUCAAAAAUCAAGGAAGACAUGAAAAAGCCAAAAGUUAUUUCGAAUGUUGCAAACUAAAUUUUGACUGCCAGUGCCCUUUAAUAGAACAAAUCGCGAGUUAUGAGGUUAGUUUGGACUGGGUGCUUCGUCAACAACAUAUCGGGAUAAUAUAGAUAUAUCUCUAAACGACAGCUUUGCAUGGUUCUUGGAGUCCAUUCCUCUCCAUUGUCUAUGUUUACACGACAAAUGUUCUCGGCACGGCAUCUCUGAAAUUUGGCACUCGUACCCAAAAUUUUCAGUGUUCACCACCGAUCUCAUGGAGAUAAUCGAAUGUUGUGUUUGUGUAGACUAUGUCAUCUCCACGAGACAGUUGUGUAUUUCCUAUCAAAGAUGAAGUCAAGACAGUCAACAAAGAUGGUAUUGGUAUACCACACGUUAUCUUUGAGACCAUGACACCGGGAGAAUCACAGAAAGGGAAAUUGUUUUCUAUGACAACUUUACCCACACCAGAGGAGGUACUAUUUGGCAUAAUUGAAUUAAUUUUAGCUUUUAGUUGAUAUAUGGAAAUCUGUGUGGAUAAUCGAAUAUUUUUUUGACAACCAGUUAAUCUAAAUUGUAAUCACAAUUUUGACAUUAUACGGUGCUUUCCAUUUUACCGAGAUAGACUGGUCAGAUCAGAAACUCGGUUUCUAUGUUGAUUGGAAAGUUUUCGGUUAAGGUGCUGACCGGUUCUAAAACAAUAUGCUAAUUAUUGUGUAUUUCAGGGUUUCGAGGGCUUUUUUAGGGCCAUUGAACGGCGCCCAAAACUCAAUAUUGAAAUGAGAUUUGAAACUGAACAUGUCAUCAAAAGUUUUAGUGCAGAAAUGUUGUUUAUGUGAAAUUAGUGAUGUGGAAAUAUUUUUCCGGAAGCCCAACAAAGUAAGAAAGAACGAAGAUAUACAACACAAGAAAACCAUGCUUCCACCAUCUUCACUGCCCAUCCAUCCCUACUCCACCAACCCCACCCACCGGGUUAUGGGAUAGCUACCCUAACUCCUAGCUGUUUAGAACCGUAAGGAGACGUGAUUUGUAUCUUAUUUUAUAUAACUUUUAUGUUUUAGAUCUUAGAUGGCCUGGGCCUUGGUCCUAACGGUCCUCCCAUACCUCCACCAGUAACCUUUUCAGUAAUCCCUUACCCAAUACGGCGACAUUCACCCUUCGCUUCUGAUACUUCUCUUCAUUAUCUGUUCGUCUCGUCGGGUCCCGGAGAUCCCAACGUCGCUGUUGAAGAGAAGGUGAAAAAAACUGAGCCUGAAAUUGAUAAGACUGAUUCGCGCUCAGAAAAGGUAAGAAAAUCUUGUUUUUCUUUGACGUUAUUUUUUGAUAAUUUGAUUACUGUAUUUACUUGUUUAAUGGCCGCCCUCGAUUAAGCUUUGCAUAUGAGAGUUUAAUUAAUGGCCACCCUCGAAUAAGUGCAGGCGCGCAGCGCUGAAUCACAAUAACGCCGCACUUUCGAAUUACUGUCAGUCAGAAUUGUUCGAAAAUUCGAACUUACAUUAUCAUUCACCUCACUCCCCAUUGGGGCUUUUCAGUGACCAAUUACGUCGAGUAUUACGCUCAUGUUACUUACUUAGCCUAUUUAUCUUUACAACAAUUGAGAUAUUACGUUCCUAACUGUGUUUUAUCCUAACCCACCCUGUCAACUUUCCCUGUGGCAGGAAACCGGAGCACCCGGAGAAAACCCACGACUUUCGGUAGAGCGUUGACUGACUCCUUUCGCACGAGUCCUUGCUCUGACGACUGUGGCACAGAAGCCCCACUUCAAACGACAGCAAUGUAUCUCAAUCUUUAAUCAGACUUGAAAAUUUUUAUCCUGCUGUAUGACGGUGUUUUUAAUCUCCACCCAGCUACGAGUUAAUUUUUACCAAAGCAGAGAAGAAGUCCUGUACAAUAAGCUUAGUAGAGUCAAAAUGACGUAUAACAUGUAGCUGGGACUGGAAGAAUUAAAUAUGCACAAGAGAGUAUUAAUUGAGACUUUCAAUGUGCAAAACGUUUCUUAAAAUCAAAUUAGUUUCUGCACGGUUAACACGCUUUAAAUGGACCAUUCCCCAAUUAAUCAAAAUUUUGAACUCGACAAGUCUAGACAAAAUUUCAUCACAGCUUGAAAGGGCAUCACAAAAUUAGUAAUAUUCCAAAGUUUCGUUGCAAAAUGUUCUAAAAUGCGGAUAAUAUAGCCUUGCGAAGUUUGCAAUUUUCAGUCAUUUUAGAUUACAAACGGGAAAUGGUUACCACUUCUGUACGUAAUACAAAAUGACUGAAAAUUACAAACUUCGCAAGGCUAUAUUAUCCGCAAUUUGCAACAUUUUGCAACGAAAUACUAAUUUUGUGAUGCUCUUUCAUGCUAUGAUGGAAUUUUGUGUAGACUUGUUGAGAUCAAAAUUUUCGUUAAUUGAGGAAUGGUCCAUUGGAAAAUAUAAUCCCUUUCUUUAUUUUGCUUUACACAGCAGACAAAAUAUGCUAGUCUAAAAAUUAUUUUUAUGAUAUCUCUUGUGGCUAUAAGUGAAGCACAAAUAAUAAUUGAACAUGCAGUUCAGUACUUUGACAUGGAUAUAUUUAGUGCUUAUGAUUCAACUGCAAUUUAUCCCUACCCACAAUGCAUCAUUUGCAUGCGCAGUUGAGACUCGAAUUUGCUUAUUUCAAAACUUACAAACAUGGCGUGCAGCUAUUUUAGGCUACAUUUACACUACACAUUUCCGUAGCGGCGCGUAAAAGCACCUAUCUGAUACGGAAUGUACAACUUUUUCAGAAGGUGAGGGAAACAAAAUCUUUCCGUUGCAAUAAUUCCUCUGAAAAUAGCGUUCCUAGAAGGUAUACAUAAGUGUGUUUUUCACGUCGCUACGCAAAGCUAUCCGGUACAGUGUAAACGUGGCCUUAAGGUGGCUCGAUACAGUUUUCAAAAAUUCAGGUGUUUAACACUUUGACAUGUUCAAACUACGCCUUUUUAGGAUUUAUUCAGCAGAUAUUGUUUUUUUUUAUAUAUUUCGAUAUCUCUACUUUCAAAUUAUAUUAGUUUUAGUAGCAGAUAGUUCGUUACUAUGACGACAUACGUGUACGAAAUUCACUCCAAAAUGGCCUAUCGUCUCGUAUAGUUGGAAAAAAAGCAUGGUGACCCCCAAUUUGUUUUCGUGCAUUAUUUUACUUGGACGAAAAGCUAAUGCCAUUUUUUUGGAAAAUGGGGAAAAGUCAUAUUCUUCGGUAAAGUUUUUUUGGCAUUGCAGAAUUUUUUUAUUUUUGGUAUACUGAAAGUUUUUAGCGGUGCAAUACAGCAUGCAAAAUUUGAACAUAGGUCACCAGACAAAAUAAAGAGAUAUAACGCAUUGUUUUUUCUGAAAAUGGAAAAUUGUAAUGACGUCAGCAAUUGACAUAAAACGCUAUAGAACAUGCGCAAUGGCGUGAUAUGGCGCGAGCAACUGCUCGCGUCAGGUCAUUUUGGAAGUUCUUUGAUUUUGUUAAUCACUUUCCGCGACCUGCGCGUAAAAAUGGUCACCCGGUUUUGAGUUCGCGAUUCUUGAGCAGGGUAUUUGUGAUAACUAUAUCGAGCCACCUUAAACCAAAUAGAUGGAAGUAAUAAGAUUGCCUUUGCAAGCCCAAGAUGUUGAAAGGCCCAUUUACACGGUACGAUUAGUUGUAUACGAUUCUUACUCUGGCGUAUGUGAUCGAAUAAACACGCGUACAAACGUCACAUUUCAAAUUUCGCCAUUAGCGAAUGAGCAAUAACGUGGCAUUAGCACUCGUUUUCAUUCGUCAGAAUGACAAUCGUAUACAACUAAUCGUAUCGUGUAAAUGGGCCUUAUGUGAAUUUCAACAUUUAGGAACAUAGCAGUCGAAGUAAAGGUGGUACAACGAAGUUAAGUCGUGAGAAAGAAGAACGAGAAAGUGGUGCUAAAUCUAAACGUGAUCGAUUAUCAAACAGUGGUAAAGGUGCGAGAAGAAGUUCAUUGAGUACUGCUUCACCACCACCGCCACAAGCACAUGAAGAUGGAAGAUUAAGGUUUGAAUGAAGUCACCGUUACUGAUAUUUCUAUUCUUAUCGCUAGCCCUAUCUUGCUUAUCUCACUUUCUAUUUUUUAUUUCGGCCAAUGAAUCCUAACAUUGAAGCUGUGAAUUCUAAGAUUAUUUCGUUCAACCUUAAGAUUAAAUCAUUGAAUCGUAGAUUGAAUCAUUGAAUCCUAAGAUUGAAUUUAUGAAUCCUAAGACUAAAUCAUGGAAUGCUAAGAUCGAAUAAUUGAAUCCUUUAAGAUUGAAUCUUUGAAUCCUAAGACUGAAUCAUUGAAUCCUAAGACUGAAUCAUUGAAUCCUAAGACUGAAUCAUUGAAUCCUAAGACUGAAUCAUUGAAUCCUAAGACUGAAUCAUUGAAUCCUAAGACUGAAUCUUUGAAUAUUGAAUCAGAAGACUGAAUCGUUUAAUCCUAAGAUUGAAUCAUUGAAUCUGAAGACUGAAUCAUUGAAUCCUAAGAUUGAACCCUUGAAUGCUAAGACUGAAUCAUUGAAUCCUAAGAUUGAAUCCUUGAAUGCUGUGAUUGAAUCACUGAAUCUUAAGAUUGAAUCCUAAUAAAUGACCUGAAAGAGAAAUGCAGAUGUCCGUAAGUUAAUUGAUAUAGAUUUUUCAUUUAAUUUUAUUUUAGCGGCGAUGGAGCAUCAGCCGUGAACGCAAUCCUAAGCACACAUCGCUGGGUGAUUCCUGCAAGUGGUUCUUGUCUACUUCGAAUAAGAUUCAAAUCCGAAGACCUCGGACAAUUUGAUCAAACGUUGAACUAUGAAAUAGUCGGUACAAGACGUCGCUACCAAAUAUUCUGUCGUGGUGUGUGCGCUUUUCCAUCUAUCAGUCGUGAGCCGCGCAUUGUCUUUCCAAAUCGUAAGAAGAUUAAGAAACGCGAGGAGAUUGUGCAUAAGAAAUUCAUCUUGAAUAGCGAGACUUAUGAGUUUGGUCCACUGCUGUGUGGUAAAACACGCGAGAAAUAUAAAGAAGGAAAGUAUCCGGAGAACAUAGAGAAUAUAAUUAUCUCUAACACAUCACCACUUGCAGCCGAAGUAGCAUUCUGUUUUCAGCAUGAUAAUAAUGGAACAACGUUCCUUCUGGAUCCUCCAAGCAUGAGUUUGCCAUGCGGUGCUAGCGAGGUAAGUGAUCCUAAAAUAAUUUUCAGAAAACAUUUUGCAUGUGAUAUUUAAAAGAGAAACACGCGGGUUUAGUGGGAUUGGGAUGUCCGAGAAUUGAAGACCUGGUGGUCUAGAAUCCAAAAUCGGAUUCAACUUUGAUAUGACAACUCGUUUACUCAAAAUCAGUUGAUUAUUUCAAUCUUUGGACUUGGUUUUGGACUUGGUCAGUGUCUGAAGAGAGCCUGUCGCAGGCUUAUCCGGCGGGGAUACUGGGAUUCAAAGUUUUGGUAUCGCCUCUGAGAUUCUAACCCAUGUAAAUAAGUACUAGUUAAAACGUGAGCAGCCAAUCUUUAGCUUAAAGAUAAAUCCAGAUAAAACGACCCAUCUUAUGAGUUUAUUGGCGAAGUAAUUUUAAAAAUAAACAUUGUCUAAGCCGAGAAAGUCAAAGCUGACGUUUAUGCAAUCAGGACAAAUCUCUAUCCGAUUUACAAACAUUGAUUAAACAUUCAAUUUCAUUUGUGUUUUCCUGAUGAACUAUUAAUGAUUUUUUUAAGUAUCCAUAACCCUCCUUGUUCCAAAUUACAAUAAAAUCAGGAGACUUCGCAGUCAACAACUAGACAGUGAAAUGUAUCAUGAAUUAGGCAUCAUGAAUUAAUACUAACACGCUAAGAUGCACGCAUAAUCUUUCGACACCUCUCUCCAACUGAAUUUUAGAACAAUUUAAACACGAGAUAAUAAUGAGACUUGAAUUGACAACUGUAUUGGAAUUAUUUUAACGCCUGUUCGAUUUAAAACAUUGAUAUUUCAGUUAAUGUCGCAUGAACAUCUUGUUGUAAUACAUCAACAUUUAAGUUAGCCCCUUAAUCUGGAUACGAUUAGAUUUAUUUGAGCGUAAUAUAGCUGUUCCAGGUACCCUCUAUAUUAAAUAAAAAAAUCAAAUAGCGAUACUUUUUUGGACACCGGGUACAUUUAAGAAAGAGAAAACAUUUUCCGUGCUUCUAUACAGUUAUAGAAACACGCUUGGGAGAAUGGGAAAGAAUCAAAGGUGGCAUGACUAACUUUGGAACAAGGCUCAAGAUUAUUUUCUGUAUAAAUAGAAUUUUACUUUCUAAAGUUAUUUCCUCCAAUCUAGACGCUUACAAUGUGGGCCUACCCUAAGACUGCUGGACUUUUUGAAGACGUAUUGGUUUGCUGUGUGCGUGAAAAUCCUGAGCCCAUAUUAUUUAAGGUCAGCUGUCACGGCGUGAGACCUGAAUUGGAACUGGACAGGAAGCAGCUACCAUUUGAUCGUGUACUUUUACACAGGUAAUUAACACUUAUUUACUGAGUCCGUGGGAGACAAUAUGUUUUGUGAUCUGCAGACUGCCGAUCGUUUCCCGAGGCGAAGCUGAGGGAAACAUCAGCGGUCAAUUAUGUAUAGUACCAAAUCAAAAGACAAAAAAUGAGAUUGCAUUUAUUUGCUCCCGUUGUUACUUUUGCUGGUCAAGAACACGUGCUUUUUUGAUGUUAAACAGUCGAAUUUUGUGACUUUCACGUGAUAAACAUUGAACCAAUGAGAUCCUAGAAGGAAGAAACUUUGACACUUGAUAUAUAAAGAUAUGGUUAAAUAAACACAAUGCAACCAAUGUAUGAAAAUGUGUUGGGGAAACCCCCGCAAGCGAGAAUUUUCUUAUGCAAAGUUUCAUCAACUCUGGUGGCCUGGUCAAACGAGAACAGGAGUUGCAUGAAAGUUGACGAUAGUUGACUGGAUUAUUUCUGGAGGGAACAGCGAUUAAGUCUUUUGUUAUAUAGCGACGAAAGAAAAAUCAACAACAUUCACACAACAAUUGUAUUUCAUGACAAAAACCCUAUAGAGUAAACGAAUGAAAAAUUAGAAGAACCAUGUUUUGGAAUGUUGACAUUGUUUAACUUUAAAUAAGUCUUACGUCCUUUUGUAAUGUUUGUGUUCUAAAAAUACAAUGUUUUAAAAAGGUUGUUUAUUGACUUUAAAACCACGCAAAGAAUCCAAAAUAGUGAAAAGUAGAUCCAUUCUUUAUUCGACAAGUUCUAUACGGGAACAAACCUACUUAAACGGUUUCAGUAGCAUAUCCUGUUUACAUUUUUUAUUAAAAUACGCACAAACUUGGCAGAUCGUAGUUUAUAUACGUGCAAGUUUUGCCGCCAUUCUUAUUAUUUAUAUACGUAGCCGAUCGGGGUGGACAACAAUUUUUCACUUAUUCAAACAAGAGUACAAAAGUACUUGCCUAACUGGUAGUUUGUUAUCACUUUUUGACUUUUGAGUUGUAAAUUGCAGAAACUUUACUGCUGGAAUUUGCUUUUUAUUUACACGUAAUACCUCAAACUUUUAUAUUGUUUUCGUUUUAAUAGGAAAGACACAAAGACGGUGUUUCUUCGCAACAGUACAUUACUUCCUGUACAAUGGCGGUUAAACGGUUUAGAAAAUCUUGGUGAUGAUUUUUCAGUCGCCACAGACCAUGGCGUGAUUGAACCAAGAUCAGAAUACGGUCUUCAAGUUCACUUCAGAGCUGCGCGACCUGUCACCAUAAAGAAGAUUGUCAGACUAGAGGUAUGCAUGAAAUAAGUAACCGAUGACACAUUCUAAAAAAUUUCUGGGUAAAAUUUUCUGAUUAACCCAGAAUUAACACUAUUUGUGUUAACUUAGUAUUCCUUGUUAAAUUUCCUCGUUAUUUUAACUCGCUUCCUACACCAUAGUCAACGUAAGAGGAUUUCCCAGCUAUCCAUUUUAUUAACUAUCCAUUUUGUAGUUAAAAUAGUUAACGUUAACCACCGUAGUUAAGUCGGUUGUAAAAAAUGUAGUUAGCCUGAACUGCAGCUAAAACGUAUAAAUGUAUAGUUAUAAGCUUUUAGGAGUAAACAUCAUUUGUCAGUAAAACAUAUAAUGAAAAGCAAGGCCUAUCAGGGAUUUUCAAUCACUAUCUUGCCUGUGAAUGUUUCCUGACAGACUAUCGCUUUGGGUUUUUGGUGAAAAUAGAAUAUAUUUUUCGCAGGAAGAUUCUUGAAGACGAAGUAGGACCCAUUACACCAAAAAACACUGAUAUAAUUGCCAAACAUCUCACGGAAAAACUGCCUUCUUUGUUGAUUAUUGCCUUGUUUUUGGUGUUUAUUUUUCACUAUUUUGAAUCAUGUUAAAAUACUUGUCAGCGGUCAUUAAUCAUUCCUUACUUUGUGUAAUUUUGUGUUUAAAUGCCCCACGCAAGUUAACUAAUUACAGUUAACCGUCUCAGGGGGCUAAUCAGAGAAAAUAUACAGUAUUCUAUAUCUACUUUUAGGUAUCAGACGUUGAACAGAUCAUGGGUUUAGUUCAAGCUGAAAAUAUUCAAGUCAUCGGAGAGGCUUAUGAUGUUGCUUUGGACAUCAGUUUUCCAAAAGGUACAUACGAGUUACUUCCCAGUGAGUGACGGAGGCACUCUCUGAUCCACUAUAGCUUAUUUAUCACUAUAGGCGAAUUUGUUCGCGCGAAGCGACUUUAUCCUUUGUCGCCAUCCGCUUAUCACGUCAGCAAAAGUGAGGCCGACACAAAUUCGCCUCGUGGAAAACGGGGUUUUUCCGUAGUGCAAAUAACAUGACGUAGCGCGCGGGGGAAUGGUGAGAAAUAGGGACUUGCAUACAUUGGCCUGGGAAUAAUAUGCUGGUAGUAUUGUUAUAGACACACCUCUCUUGCAUUAUUGACAUUAGCUAUAUUUAGUAGAUACUUUAAGUGGGAGGAACAUAUGUUAGUGAUUAUAUUAUUAGGGAAAGUGUAAAGGCCCAUUUACACGAUACGAUUAGUUGUAUACGAUUGUCAUUCUGACGAAUGAAAACGAGUGCUAAUGCCACGUUAUUGCUCAUUCGCUGAUGGCAAAAUUUGAAAUGUGACGUUUGUACGCGUGUUUAUUCGAUCACAUACGCCAGAGUAAGAAUCGUAUACAACUAAUCGUACCGUGUAAAUGGGCCUUGAGAUGUAGGAUUCAAGGAAUAUUUCAAAAUUCAACAAAUGCCAAAAUAAUUCGUUUAGUUUUUUUAUUUCAAAGGUAUUAAAUAUUUGGGUAUUGUAAUAUUCGGUGGGGAUUUAUAAGGAAUUUUCAAAUAAAUACUAGCCAGGGCUGGAAUAACUUGCAUGGUCAUCAAAUUUGGGUUGCAAUAGACUUGUAUUAGUAGGAAUUGCAUUGUGCUGGACUAUUUCCUGAUUCCGAUUCGAUUUCCACUACCGCUAUUUCACUGGCUUAGUACCCUUUUGAUUGGCUAAUCAGGUCGAUUACACGCAUCUGAUAUGUUAAUUGUAAGCAGUGCAAGUCAAACACUGAACCUUGCUAAUGGUUAUAAGCAGAAUGGGUAAAUGGCACGCAGACGUUUCGUUUGUUUAAAUGUUUUAAUCUUCUCUUUCACAGGAGCUGAUGGCGGUCUUGAUUUUGGCGUAUUGAAAGUGUUUGACGAAAGCAAGCAGUCCAUGUCACUGAAGAACAAGGGACGUUAUGAGAUCAGUUAUAAUUUUGUGUUUGAUACAACAAAGAACACCAAUAUCGGUGAUAUACUUACGAUUGUUCCUCCGAAAGGUGUGCUCUUACCCACAGAAAGACCUACACAAGUGGCAGUUGUGUUCAAAUCACGUUCCGAAAUCUCAUUCAAAGAUGAGACUAUGUUGAAAUGCCAGGUAAGGCAAAUCAUUGUUGAAAUGUUUUGUGGAUGGAAAUUUCGAAUGUAAAUGUUAUACAUGUAUUAGAUCUAACCAGGGGCAGUUGCAAAAAAUGCAGCUAUAGACCCUCUGCCAUGAAUCGAAACUGCGUUUCUGGUGCAGCGCUCUAACCAACUGAGUUGCAAUUGUCCAGUCACGCAUAUGUGAUAAAAAGCCGAUGUAAAUUUUUUAAACAAAAGAUAAUGUAAAACGUAAGACGAAGAACUCAAGUAAUGAGAUUCGGCCAUCUCAAGUAAUUGUAAUAUUGAGCAGGUAGGCUCCCUCGUGCACCACCCCAGGGAAAACCUGCACCCCUUCUUGCAGAUGAUGCUAGGGCGGAUUAUGACUAGGGCGGAGGAUGACAGGGGCGGAUGCCCCUGUAUAAAUACCUUGGGCUUGGAAAGCCACAUGGUCCAGCAAAAGGUUAGUAUACGCGGAUAGCGUACCUAUAUGAUAUUUGGCUGAAACAAAGAAGUACUAGACCGUAAUACUGGCGUACCUCCGGUACGUAUAAGUACUUGUAUUCAUAUUUAUUAUGUUUGUGUCCUCACUGUCCUGUUUUAGAUAAUUGAGCCUCACAUUGGUGAUAGUGGUGAAGUAAUAGCCAGUAUUCCUGUUAAAGUCACCGUUCGUUCAGUUCACAGUAAAUACACUAUCUAUCCCGUAAGCGACAUCAAUUUUGGAGCAGCUCUCAUUAACACGAAGAAAACACGAACAUUCACGAUCGAGAAUAAAGGAGAAUUUGAUUUCCGCUAUACUAUCAUGAAGAUGAUUAGCGCUUUAGGACGACAGAAACAGAUCGGGCCUGGUAUGAAAAGAGACGGUUCUGGAUCUAACCGUUCUCAACAGCCGACCCAGCAACAUCAAGGGUCGGUAAGUCUUGGCGUAGGAGCGAAACCCAGACGAGCUGAUUCGGUCAAAGGGUAAGUAUUGUUCAUUAUGGACUUACACUUCCGUGCAGGGAAACACCCUCUCCCCCAUCAACCAUCUUCCCUAUCAAAACUCCCCCCAUCAACCCUCUCACGCAUCAACCCUCUCACGCCCAUCAACUCUCUCCCCAUCAACCCUCUCCCCCGUCAACACUUUCUCCUAUCAACCCUUCCCUCACCCCCAUCAACUCCCGUAAUUUAAAGUGUUAAUAAAUCUUUUUCAGGAGUGAAUUUUUCGGUGGUGGUGCACCAAAUAUCCGUCAACAGAUUGGAAUAUUUACGUUGUAUCCUGCUGUGGGCGUGAUAGCUCCGGGUUCAUCAAUGCAAGUUACAAUCGACAUGAUGGGAGAGAGCCCGGGAUACUCUGAAGAAGUAAGAUUUGUGUUAUAGUAAUAUUGUUGCUGUGCUUAUUUUCUUUGCUACUAUUUUCUUUGUUGUUGUUGUUGUUGUUGUUGUUGUUGUUGUUGUUGUUGUUGUUGUUGUUGUUGUUGUUGUUGUUGUUGUUGUUGUUGUUGUUGUUGUUGUUGUUGUUGUUGUUGUUGUUGUUGUUGUUGUUGUUGUUGUUGUUGUUGUUGUUGUUGUUGUUGUUGUUGUUGUUGUUGUUGUUGUUGUUGUUGUUGUUGUUGUUGUUGUUGUUGUUGUUGUUGUUGUUGUUGUUGUUGUUGUUGUUGUUGUUGUUGUUGUUGUUGUUGUUGAUAUGUUCUCGUAUUUUUACAAUUACAUCUUUUUGUUUAAUUGUCCUAGGUGUUAGGUAUCGACAUCACAGAUAGACUACCAGCAGACAAUCCUCAUGGCAUUCCAUACAAAUUAAUUGGUGAAGUAGCUAUCCCUGGUAUCAGUGUUAUCAGUCCAGAAUAUAUUGGUUCUAUAUUUGAAGAACAUCGAGUAGUGCAGAGUCUAAGUCGCUUCCAAUUCCAAUCGGCUGAAUUGGAUAGUGGAACUGGUGUCUACGGGGAACAAGAGAAUAAGUUUAUGUUCUUUAAUUCCAUUGUUGGAAGGAAAAGUUAUGCGAGGUUCAAGAUCACCAAUCCAAACAAGGUCAGAUAUUUAAGACGAACAGUUUCAUCUUGUUUAGAGAUGCAAAGUGCAUGGAUUUGUACUCAUUGCUAACUGGGGUCAUCCGAAGUCCUUCCAUUUUCCAAAAUGGGCAGAUCUAAAAUUAAAUGGGUAGUUGUAAAACGUAAAAUUGGCAGUUCUGUAGAAUUGAGUUUUGGAUCAUUUCGGGAAAAUGUAGAAUUUUCAAACCCAUAACGCGUGCCUGAGCAGCGUAUAUUAUAUUACAUGUGUUUGGAUACACUGUAGUAGACGAUCUAAAGCAAAAACUAAAACCAACUUUCAUUCUAAAACGCAGGGAAUGGCCACUCUUGAUUUUCAAACCUUAAAACUUUCUGGAAGUGCAGGACCCAGUACACCCACAGCUAUUGAAAUACCUAAUAGCACAGCUGAACAAUUUGCGUCAUUUGCGAUCUUUCUUUGUUUUGAAUGAGUGGAGGGCGGGGGUUACCAAACUUCGUUUUCUAGGGCGUGUCAUAGGUGGCUACCCAUGACGAGAAAUAGAGAAAUGCAUGAUUUCGUGCGCUUAGUCGAGAAUUUUCGCGCGCUCUUUCAUUCGCUUUACGUUGACUUAUUUAUAAGACAAUAACUCAAUGAGGAUUUAAACUUUUUACUCCAAAUUUCUGUCAAUAAAUCAGAAACGUUCCCGACUACCGGGUGUUCAAAAAAAACUGGACACUGUUUGAUUCCAUGUAACGUAAAAGCUAUAAAAGCUAUCGCAAUGAAAUAAGGAUCAUUGCAUUCAGAAAGGACGAACUUAGAUUUUGAUAUAUAGCACUUGAAUUUACAUGCAUAUUGACUGCGCUAUUGAUGUUUGAACGUUGAACUAUUGAAGUAUUAGCAUAAAACAACCUUUAAUUACCAAUGUAGUUAUGCUUGUUAAAUAAUGUUUUUUUUUACUUUGCUGUAUCUCGCUCAAUAUUGCGUGUAAAUUUAAGUGUUAUAUAUCAAAAUUUAGGUUAGUCCUUUCUGAAUGCAAUGAUCUUUAUUUUAGUGCGAAUGCUUGUAUAGUUUUUACGUUACAUGAAAUCAAGUGUCCAGUUUUUUGGGGGACACCCAGUAUACAGUGAAAUAGUUCGCCUCAAGUAUGUUUAUUCUGUUUCCCAUGUUUAGAUAUCGUGCGAUAUUAUGAUCACAGUGAAGCCAAUGUCAAACAAAGCAUCAGCAAAAUGGCACGAUGUAUACGAAGUUACUCCUUCCCGCGCGUGCAUUGGAAGAUACGGCAGUCUUUAUGUAACCGUGGCGUUCAUACCCCCCGCAAUGCAGGUUUACUCCGCGAUAUUUGAAGCUGCUGUGGAUGGCAUGACGGGGGUCGUGUCACGGUAUCGUAGUCUCACUUUUGACAUUCAGGGCGACGGGAAUCUGCCAAGAGUAAGCAUUCAACGACCUGCAACUCGCAACAAAGCUGGCAACCUGAUUAUGUUAUUCAAACCUCUUCUGGUUGGCAGAGCUCAAGUAUUACCGCUAGUCCUUACAAACGAUGGUAAUCUGGAUGCUGAUGUCAAGAUGACACUCACAGACCCCGAGAAGUCAUUUUCUAUAACUCGUACUAGUCUGUCGCAAGACGACGGCAUUCCGAAAGACAAUACCCCACCAAAACACAUCACUCCAAAUGAUAUUCUUUUCCGACUACCCACCUCGAGAUCAAUAGAGUUUGCAGUGCAGUGUAAGCCUACGUUGACCGACAAAGUAAUUGGAGAAAUCCGAUUUACAGUACGAGAUAACCCGUACGAACAGAAUGCGCUUCAGUUGUUGGGCGAGGGAUACAAGGAGGAUGUUACUAUUGAUAAUAUUAUCAACGGUGAUGGAACCAGAGAUUUAGGGGAUGGCAGCAAUGAUCGUAAUGGUGGGUAUUAUACCAAUAUGCUAGAUUGAAAUUUUGAGUGGAAUUCUUAUAAAUGUACUAGACUUAACCAGGAGCAGUUGCGAAAAAGGCAAUGUAUAAAUAUACCACUCGGAAUUUUCAUCUAUAAAUCCCUUCAACUAUUAAAGAAUCACAGUCAACCAAGAUGCAUUGUGCGCUAUGUGAAUGUUUACAAAUACGGAGAGCGAAAAAUAGUGUUGUCUUCGAACAUAGUCAUACACUAAAAAUGAUAUGCAUUAGCUUUAUUAUAAACAAAAAACUUUCAUACCAAUAAAUUGCCCAUAUAAAUAGGACAUAUGCAGUGAUCCUCAGUAAUGCGCAUAUCAAACAUAGACAAGCAUUUCAAAUUUACAUCAUUCUUAGGUUUGAAUUGAUAUAAACAUAAAUAUAAAGUCCAAAUAAACGCAUGGAGGGAUAUAAUAUAUAAUAAAAUGCAAAUACUGCUAUAUCAAGAAAUGCGAUACAUCAGGCCAGAUCUCCCACAGCGGUCUGCAGUGUUGGCCUUUGCGAGAUUCCAUAUACAACAACAAACGACGUUAGCAUCCUUUUACGGACUCUGAAACUCAAGGAAUAUGCUGCGCAAUCGUUUAUAUUUGGUUUAGGCUUUAUGAUGUGCUAAUUAUACGUCCAGUUGAGCGAGAAUUCUUUAAAACCAGGCAAUAUACGAACAACCAAAUGCGCAGAUAGCGCCUGUGUUUACACGCAGACUUGGUUGAAGAAAUACGCAUUUUGCCCCCAGAUAUUUAGGACGAAACAACAAUAAUUUAGUAUCGAAAUGCUCGUCACAGUGAAGCGAUUCUGAAUUUGCUCCUACUUUUGAGACUACGCAUGCUCCGAUUGGAUAUGCCGCUUUUUCGUCUGACCGCGCACCUAUUUCGCGUCACAACAUAGAGAUUUAUUCUAUCGGAUUACAAAGUUUCGAAACGAUUUUGCCCCUAGCAUAUUAUUCAUUUUUCGGCAAAUUUUGACGUUUAUAGAUAGAAUUAUGAACAUAUUUUAUGUAUCCGUUCCUACUUUUUAGAAAAGCAAUAAAAAUAAUCUCUAAUAUACGGUUUUGUUCAUAAUUUUGGCGAUUUUCAACCAUUUAUCGCUGAAAUUUCUGGGGACUGGGAACGAGCUCAGGUUUAAUAGGCAAAUGUCCAAAAUUUCUUGCCAUGAAUACAUUUACCCCCUGGUGUUUUGCUGAAAUCCUAAUUCCUGCCCCCAUCGCCUACUACGUUCACGCAGUUCGUCCUUGCUUUGAUGGAGCAGGAUUUCGGCGAACUCGCAAUGCGAAAGCCCCCGUAUUACAUGGCUUUCUUUCCUUUCCGUCCAAAGGAUGGUUGUUCAGGUAUCGUCGAACUUGUCAACAAUAUUCUUUUUGAUAUACCCUCGCUUGUUGGUCUUCCACGAACGGGAAAUACAGAAGCCAUGAAUAGCCAUCUUUCUAUAAUCAAUUUAAGAUAAACACACACGCCAAAAUCUCAAUCAAUGAUCUAUUAACAUAUUCCAACUACCGGGUGGCCCAAAAAAAAGUACUCCUGUUUGAUUUAUAAUAACUUCUAAACAAGUAAAGCUAUCAAACAGAAAUAACUUGCAUUAAAUAGAGGAAGGACUAACUUAGAUUUUGAUAUGUUACAGUUGUAUUUUACUUAAAAAUUCACGGAGAUAUUAAUGUUCAAAAUCGGGAGCAUAUUUUGGGAUGUGUCUAAAAUUAGCGAAAAUCGGCGUAUCAAAUUUCACUCCAGCGUUUGUUUGCUUAAUGACAUAUCAGGGUAAAUUGUAUUUCAGCGAAUUGUCGUUAGGGUUUGUAAGGGAUAUGGCGUAGAUUUAGACAUCUUACAUGUAAGUCUUAACUUAUUGUUUCCUGAAAUAUGAACGUUCGAAAUUAUGUAAGUAUUUAAUAGGUCUUUGCAAACUUAAGGUACUGAAAGACCAUGCAAGGCAGGCGCUUCAAUUUUUCUUAAAUAACCUAUUUUUUAUGUUUUUCAUGGGUUCAAAACAAAGUUGAUUAUUUCUCGGUUAGAGCAGGAUUAAUAGAUAUAAUAAUACUUUGUUUCAUAAUAAACAAUUUGUCAAGUGUCAUUUAUUUACUGGUAAUAGUGCAUGUUUCAGUCGGGCAAAUCUUGAUUAAUAUUUGAUACGCCGAUUUUUGCAUAUUUCAGACACAUCCAGAAAUAUCCUCCCGAAUUUAAAGAUUAAUAUCUCCGUGAAAUUUUAAGUGAAAUACAACUGUAAUAUAUCAAAGUCUAAGUUAGUCCUUCCUCUAUUUGAUGCAAGUUAUUUCUCUUUAAAAGCUAUACUUGUUUAGAUGUUAUUACGAAUCAAACAGGAGUACUUUUUUUUGGGCCACCCGGUAUAGAAAAUAUGACAUCGUCCAAGAAUAAUGCAGAUUGAUAAGGAUACGUUUCGGAUGUCAAUAUUUAGUCGGUGGGGCCACCUGUGGUGCCCACCGACUCUAGGUUUGCCCUUUGGUACGCCACAAAAUGACAAAUUACGUCAUUUUAUUUACGUAAUGCUUACGAAAUAUAAAUCAAAAUGGCGACCAUGGAAUAGCGUGCAAAAGUUCGCUAUUGAAUAAGAAUCUGAAUGCUCUAAAAGUAUCACGACCUUUCACUGUUUCAUUGUAUCGCGCGGCGGAUAUAUCGGGCGCGCAAUUUUGAUGCUUUCUAUAUAUUUACUAUUGAAUUUUCGAAAUCUCCGGCGCGCAAUGUCCAAACUUUCCAGUCAGUAAUAAUAUUGUGGUCUUUUGGAUCUUCAUAAAUUAAACUUAAAGUCAGACAUCGACUGCUUCUUUCGAGUCUACAUCCUAUUCCUAUUUAAUAAAUAGCUAUGAAGGAUUAAGGUUCAUUGGGACAAAAUGUAUUACCAAAAGCUGAAAAGGAGGAACUCAAUUUCCUGAUAUCUUGUGGUGGUAACUUGAUUGCUAUACAUAGUGGCAGACACCGGUCAUUAGCUAGUCGCUUGGUAAUCAUGCGAAAUACCUCUCCUCUCACGAGGCAUUAUUCAGUGUAUUAGACAAUAGACAGACGUUAUGCGUCUAGUUUCGAGACGAAGUGGCGAAAAAUACUGAUUGUUGCCUUCCAGCCUUCGAUGCACUAACUAGCUAGCUAUUAAAGCGGCCAGUUGGUAACAUAACACCAGCCGAUCUGUGUAAUGACAACAGGAUAAACGCUUAUAAUUUUAACACAUACGAUAUUAAAUUCAAACAUUGCUAUGGUUGUACUUGUUUUAUUAACUAUAUUAACUACCAAGCAAACUGCAAACUUCAAGAAUCAAUAUUUCGGAAAAACAAACACGCUCUUCUUUAAUUAGUGCUAUUACUUUCACUUAAAGUUGCAUAUUGCCAUCGCCCCAGCGACUAAACGCUCCGUGGAGCGUCUUGUUCGUCAAUAAACUGGCUAACAAAAUGGCGGAAUACAAAACAAUGAAAACAUUUUAGCGCGCAAUGCAUCUUGGUUGACUGUGAUUCUUUAAGCCAAAUCACUGGGGAGAACCAACCAGAAUACACCCUUUCGAUAAUUACGUCACACAUACUUUUUGGUCAUGAAGUCUCGCUCUCAUUAGUAAAUUACGCAAGGUGAUUGGCUCACGAGAGCGAGGCUCCCAGGCCAAAUGACGUAAUUAUCGAAAGGGUGUAUUGUACUAACAUAGGCUUUUAACUUUUAAGUGCAUGCAGGUCCAUCAGUCAAUCAACCUACAAUCCUGGCAAAAAUUAUGUGGACACCUAACUUUUGUAACGCCAAUAUUAACAUUGAGACGUUCUUUUAUGAAAUUUGUCGCCCCCUGCCCCCUAUUCAAUGUUGUUUCUCGCAUUUAAAUCUUAAAAGUUUCAUUUCAAUUCAUUUGAAUUGGGGGUAGGAGAGGGAAGAAAUUUUCUGGGGGAUUAAUUCAGUAGAAAUACAUAUAUUUUUGUUUGACGCGCGCGGUGUCCACGAUGAUUUUUUUGCCAGAAUUGUAGGUAAAUCUCUACUCUCACAGGCUUAACAAUGCUCAUACAUCCACAUUUAGUCAUUGAUAUAUUAAUUCCCAGCAUUGAUAUAUUAAUUCCCAGCAUUGAUAUAUUAAUUCCCAGCAUUGAUAUAUUAAUUCCCGAAGAAUGUAUUCUUCAUUCUUAGAUGUGAACCAAGUCUUCUUUGGUGACUGUUCAGUCGGUGUUGCAAAGAAAGUCUCGUUCACACUCACGAAUCACCUUGAGCAUGAUGCAGUAAGAUUUAGCUGGUCUCCACCCGAUGGUCUAACAUUCUCACCAUGUACUGGUCAUCUCCUCGCGAACUGUGCUAAGGAUAUCUCCGUGUCAUUUACCUCUGAUAAACCACUGACAUUAGAUCGUGCUGGAAUCAACUGCAAAGUAACCAAGAUAAAGCUCGCUGAGGAUGGAAAGAAGGUAAAAACUUGUUAUAUUAUAGCCUUUCGACCUUCUGCCCAGGAGCGUGCGAGUGCUGGGCUACGAGAUUUACUGCCGGCUAUUCCGCCGGCUACUUUCUGUGAUAUAAUAACAGAACUAUAAUUCUAUUUAGAAAAUAGGGAAAGUUGGGGGGUUUGUAACUAUUGAUUAACUAAGGAACCGAAACAAUCCACAAUUGAAAUAAAACAGCCAUGCAGUUUUUUGCUGUAAGGUGACUCAAUACAGUUUCUUGCAAAAAUAGAAAAUUCACAAUUUAGAUCCGUAUUUUUGGACAAUUAUUACUUGUUGAAAAACAAAAUGUAUUUUACUGACGUAAAACAAAAUCUAAAGGAUUUGAUUUUUCCACAAAAUGUACACAACUGCCCUUGCUAUAUGACAAGAAUGACGUUUCAGCAUGGCUUUAAGGUAAUAUUUCACUCGAAAACGACAUCGGUGACCCCCAAAUUUAUGUUCAUAAAAUGAUUUCUCUUAGUAUGCUCAAUUAUUUUCAACAAAAUUUAGAUGUUUUCGUUUUGUUUUCAACAAGUAAUACUUAAAUUGUCCAAAAAUCUAAAUCCAAUUUUUCUCUUUUUAAAAAAACUGAAUCUAGCAACCUUAAGUUGAUAUUAUUCUAUGUAUGUAUUCAAUGUGACAAAACUAAACAAAUCAAUCAAUACGACUAAUUUCAUCUGCAGGCCAUAGAUUGGGAUGACCGCAUGAGAACAGUGAAGUGGGUUGAUGUGAAUGGUCGAACAACAACUCGCGAGGAAGGAUUAUCAUCUGGAGGUCAGAAAGCAACAUCAGAAGUGGGCAGAGAAAGAGCAACGAAGAAGAAGAUUUACGAAACAGAAGCAGAACCAGCGCAUACGGCGAUUGAGGAUUCAGCAAGGACAUUAUCACUUGGAGUUAGUGCAAAGGUCGAUUACGCCGCGUGUGAAUGUCCAGUUAACAUGGUCCAUUUCAAAGAUACGCUCAUGUUUCAAACUAGGGUUUACAGGUAAGAAAAUAGGAGAGCGUUUUUCAGGCCUGGAUAAAGUAUUUCUCUUCCUGGCAGCAAUAUCCAAAAAUAGAAAUUUCCUGCUAAAC